ACGAAGACAGAGACCCGGGCUUCAGUCUCGAGUCCGAUAUUGGCGAGCGUGAACGUGUUUACCUGGGCUUCGAUUGCAAAAUACUCAUUCAUUGGCAUUAAAAACAAUCAUACUGCGAUGGCAAUUACACGGCCAGAGCUUGUGUUUUUGUUUGUUUGGCUGUUUUUGGUCUUGGACCUAAACCUGGCGGCUCGUCUUCCAAGCGAUCGGCCAGCCGUCUUCCCCUCGAACUCCGAGCCCAAUGGAGCAGUGCCUAUCAUGUUAGAGUCACGGCAGCGGGAAAUCGAUCUGGAGCUGCAGGAGGUGAUAAGGCAGAUGAAUAUGAGCCUGGUUAUGCCAACGAAAAUGCGGAAGGGCUUGGCGCGAACUACGGAAAGCGAAAACCGGUCGGAGCGACCAGGAAAUGCUAAUGAGGAAACCAGAAAUGCAACCGAAUCCAUCAAGAAUGCUGCCAAUGAGAAGAGCCAGAUUCCUUCUAGCGAAUCCAAAAUGAUAACCUUUGCCAAGGAACAGGAUUCGACAGAGAAGCCUCUGUGGGCUGAAAUGGAUGCCGUCAAUAUAACCGACUACAAGCCAAAUGUGGUGAUCGGGCCGAGAAUCACGCUGGAAACCCAAAGAGUGUGUCCGGAAGGAACCAUACGCAGCGAGGGACAUUGUCGCAAAAUCGCCUAAAACAUAAUAAAGUGAUAUUUUGUAAACAAAUAGUGACCAGCAAUCAGAAACGCAAAUAAAACUGAAAUAGAAACAGACAAAUAGGUGAUGCAAAAAAAAUAUACAUAAUCAGAAGCUAACCUUGUCAAUAUUUCAAAUCAAACCUA